AAGUCUUUUCUGUGAAAGCUGCACGUCCCACCAGCCAGUCAUCAUGUAUAAUCCAACAAAAGAUGAUAUUUUUGCGUACGCCCUCUCCAAGACCCUGACGAAGGUUUCAUCGCCUGCAACCGUGGGACUCUACUCUUCAUGUCAGAACCGAAUCAACAUGAUCCUCGGGCAAAUGGAAGUGUUCAUGGACGAGGAGGCGGUGAAGAUCGAGAAUGAACACAAAGGAAAACCUUGCUCGGCUAAACCUUCAAUCACAGGCUUCUUUGGACUCAUUGGUCGACUGCUCUUCUACAGGCCUGUAUGGACCAAGACCAACCAGCAGCUCCAUAACAUCCGGUUCAUUUAUGUAGAUUUCAGUGCCUGGCACUUCGCAGGCAGUGACCUGCUUUGGGCCGGGCUAGCCAUACGACUGUUCGAGGCCAUGCAGAUAAACUUUGGGAAAUUACAGCUUGGACUCUACCGGGUGGCUCAACAUGAUGAAGAGGAGGAAUUAAAGAAGAAGAUUGUGGAGAAUGGUUCGAACAACUGGAGGUCCAAGAAGAUCUGCUGCUGCCCUUUGUGGUGUCUCGUUCUGGUCCUUCUUUUGGUACCAGUCAUCAUCCUGGUAUUCCUUUUGAUAUUUGGUCUUCUCAAUCCAGAUGAGCCAGAUGGGGAUGCGAAUAAAGAAAAGAAUGAUGUGGAUAUGCUAGAGGGCCUGAUCAUUGCUAUGGUGGGAGUCCCAGCAGCAGGUGCAGUCAAAUUCACCUUUCUAAUGGUUAAGAACCUCAUUGUCAACCAGGAACGGAACAUUAACAAGGGGAUGGACAACAAGAAGGUGAGCAACCAACUUGGUUUCAUGAAUGAGGUGAGAAAGGAAAUGUGGUUCCUGUGUCGCUUCAUCCAGUUUGUGGAGUUAUUUGAGAGGAGAAGGAUUCGAGUGGUGCUGAAGAUCACCAAUCUGGACCGCUGCACGCCUAAGAAAAUUGUGGCAGUUCUGGAUGCCAUCAACAUUCUGCUCUCAGACGAGGAGAGUCCGUUUAUUUCUAUCCUGGCAGUGGACCCAGAUAUUCUUGUGCAGAAAGUGAACUUUGCAGACGACUGUUUCAGCGAAGAGGACAGAGCUCAUGCGUUGUUGAACCGCAUAGUUACUCUGGCCUUCACUAUCCCACCACUGUGCGCUGAUUCAAAGCACAGUCUAUAUUACAGCCUCAUUGGCAAUUCAAAAAUCCCUGAGGAGAUGAGCGUGGAGAAAGAUAAUCAGAGAACAGGGGAGCCCAAAAACAAAUCUUCCUCAGAUAUAACAGAAGUACUUAUUCCACUGGAAGAGUUAAAUUCACUAACCGAUACAACUACAGCAGAAUUGGAUGUAAAUGAAGAGGAAGUAGAGACACUGUUGAGGAGCAUCCUGACCAACAAUAAAAGAAAUAUAGACCAGUACAUGUCAGAUGAUGCCAUGUCCAUGAGGAGGGUGAUCAACGCCAUUCGCGUGACCGUGAUCAUCAUGAUAGCCUUGAAAAAACAGCUUCCUCAACCAGAGAACAUUGCAGCAUGGGUGGUCUUAGCCAAUCAGUGGCCCUGCCGCCUGAGCUGGAUCAUCCAGUGCGCGGAAGAUGCUGAGCAGAGAGCAGCUAUUGAUUGUAAGUGCUCGGACGACACGGACGACUCAAAGUCCUUGUGGGAAGUCUUCAGAGAGUCCAAGGCAGAGCUCUACGUGAUGAGUGCACAGAUCGAGGACCUCCUCGAGCAGGACGGAGAUCCUGAGAUGUUUGAAAGGUUUCUCACUGUAGAUUUCCAGUUCACCGUGAAGGACUUGAAGACAUUUGAAGGGGUGACGGUGAACCUGGAUCACACAAUCAGGAAGGAGCUGGCUCAGAUGAGAGGGACGUCCAGGCUGAAGGAUUCUGGUUGGAUGAGGGACCUGGCUCCUCUACCAAUCACAACUAUUAUCAAUAUGGAUACAGAGGGUGUAUGCAAAGAGUUGGAGAGGAUGAAAUACCCCAGCAAGUAUAUCGAUAAAGUGGAGAGCAAUGGCCUCAAUGGUAUGGCACUGCUCUUUGGUAACAUAGACGACCUAAAAGACCUCUUGGACAUGACCUACGGAGAGUGGGCGUCUUUCAGACUGCACUUCCUGAGUUCAGCAUCACACCUCCGAGCUCAGAACAAGAACCUGCUGCCGGCUCCCCCUCAUCCUCAAAACCAGCUCCUGAGAUUCAAAGCCCAUAAGCAGCAUCAUUACUCGUCCAGUGCCAGUCUGGCUGGCAGCUCUAUGUAGGAAGUAAGUCGGAUGUGCAUAAAAUCACGAUCUGCAUGUGAACCAUUAGCGACAAAUAUCAUGAAAAUAUAUAUUUGAUAAAUGUUUGUGUUACAGAUGAAUGAUUAAAGGUUUGUUAUCUGUUUCUUGCCAAGGUUAGAUGAGAAGAUCCUGACCGCUCUCAUGUCUCAGUCUAUGGUGUCAGUGGUAAAUGUGAAACUAUAGCCAGCAGGUAAAUAUUGUAUAUUAUAAUAGCAUAAAGACUAGGAGUAGGUCAGGGAAUACUGAUACUCUAACUAUGAUGUGUGGAAUAACGCCUGUGUCAGCACCGCAGGUUAAUCCGACUGCACCCAUUGUCAUUCUGCUCCAGCUUAAUUAUAUUUCUUCAGUCAUUCAAAAUGAUCAUGGGCAACAGAAAGCCCAAGAUGGCACAUUUGCACACAGGAAGAGGAUCACUGUCAUUAAAAUAGAUAACCCCCCUCUCCCUAAAUAUAGAGCACCACUUUGCUUAACUCCCCCCCCCCGAAACCCAUGAAGGGAUAUCAGCUCAUCACUCCCUGUGUUCUCAACAGGAGCACGAUGAGCUACUGAGCCUUGAUGACUCAAUAAAUUGCAUUUAGAUUUCAUUUGUUAAGUCCUGGUAUUGUGCUCAUAUUGCGUCACUGUCACACUGUUAUGGCUUAUUGUGACAAUUGGAAAGAACGGAGCUGUUGUUUACUUUGUCAGUAAAACUUUGAAUACUGUGACAUAUCAAAAUGUCUGCAGUGAAAGGGGCCUUUUAUGAGACACUGUUUACUUUUUCUUGUUUUACUUUUACGUCUUUGUGAGAAGAAUAGCUACCAAACAAGAAGGGAUGUGGAAUUAAAGCUGUGAGCUCUUUAUGAGAUGCAAUUCAGACCCUUGCUUAACCACUUAAGUUCUGUU